AUGCAUCCUCAUAUCAAAACUCAUUUCCACAUUCGCCCACAUAAAUAUUAUCACUACAGACCUCCCUCACAGUCCACCAUCCAGCCCUACCUACACACCUGCCCUCCUGAUGGACAACUUAAUCUGAUUAGCUCUCCACCUGACUGUCGCUCAUCCGCCUAUCCUAAUCACCAACAGUAUCCUCACCCAAACCCGAGUGUUGCUGCCAUCGUACAACCGCAAAAUUCGUCCAAUUUUCAUAUGCAGCACUUUACUCCUCAUAACCCUCAUACACAAUUGCAGCACCAGCUAUUUAUUCGCCCAACCACAAGCCAAUAUGCUUGUUCAUGUAUCAUUGGACCUCCGCACAGUGAACGCCUGCCUACAAAGAAUAUGCGUCCGUGGUCAACGGCCGGUCUUUCUCCGUUGGGGCCAAUGCAAUUAAAUCAAGAAAAGCGGUUAUUGUCUGCCCAGGCAGUACGCAGUGUUUUCGCUGAUUCUUCUCUCUUCCAAUCUCCUGUAUAUCAGGUUUAUUUGAAAGAGGAUAUUCACAGCCUCUCUAACUUUACGUUUUUUGGUCUCCUCGCUAUCCAGAGCCCAUCAAGUGAGCAUAAAGUGCCUACGGAUAGGAACAAUGUAGUCAAGAUAUAUAGAGAAUAA